AUGACCAACUCCCACGGCUACGUCCUCGAAUACCCUCGCAUCCGAGUCGACCACUUCGACCAGGCCCCAGUCCCACUCCCCGCCUCUCUCCUCGCCCAUCGUCGUUCAGUAUCCAAAGGGACCCUCAACAGCCCCGCCCAAGAACAAGACAGCCUUCCCUUCGCCCCCAACCAAACCCAUUUCGACAAACCUCUCCUCUACCUCCUCACCCAUAUCCACACCGACCAUCUCAAAGGACUCGAUCGCCCCGGCAUCACCGCUCCCAUCUACUGCACUCAUGCCACCAAACAGCUUCUUCUCAAAUACGAACACCAGAAAACCCGAAUCGAGAAGGAUCGCGAUGGCACCCACACGAAACACAUCGGUGUUGUACGACCCUACGCCCACCUCCGUGUGUCCGAUACGCAUGCUAAUGCGAAAGCGAAACUGUCUGGAUAUCAAUCGACCAGUCUGGACCUGUUGCAGCCGCUACCGUAUAAUGUGCCAACAAAGGUGCAAUAUACACCAAAGGGCAGUGUCAUGUUGACGCUGAUAGAGAGCAAUCAUAUGAUGGGAGGAUGUAUGUUUUUGAUCCAGGGUAGUGAAGGGGCGGUGUUACAUACGGGUGAUAUGAGGGCUGAGCGAUGGUGGUGUGAUGCGUUGACUCGGAACCCGUACUUGUCGCCAUAUCUGUGUUGGAGUGGGAAACCUGGUGAAGAUGGUAAUGUUGGAGCCGACUAUUGGGCGGAUCACAUAGAAUCCUUUGGCAGCACCACCACCACCUCUUCUUUGCGCACUGAUGACAGUCAGUCGCAAACUCAGCUUGACUCUCAAUCGCAGUCUGACUCCUACCAGCACCAUUCGCACCCUCCAUCGGCGUCAAGCGGUGCUCCUAAGCAGCCAGAGCGGAAGUCGCAGCUCCGUCUACGCAACAUCUACCUCGACACCGAGCUUCUUCUUUGCCCCUCCCUCCCACCAUCCAAACAACAAGCGUGUCUCGACGUCAUCUCUCUCCUCCGUCUCUUUCCUCCCACGACCAUCUUCUUCCUCAACUGCUGGACGUGGGGUUACGAAGAUCUCCUCAUCUACGUCGCAAAAGCUUUCGGAUGCAAGAUCCACGUUGAUCGCUUCAAGUACAUCAUGUAUCGUGCUGCACGAUCCGAGGUUCCCUUCCUAGCUGACAUUGUUACGCAAGACGGGAGUAAAACGAGGUUUCACGCUUGUGAAAAGCGUAACACCUGCUCCGUUGUUUCUGGUCUUGCUUCGAGGUAUGCUGCCAAUGGGAUGCCGGAGUUGGCAAAAGAGGCAAUAGUCGCGCAUUCGCAGAUUGAUAGCUGUAGUGAUGAUGCGAGGAUGAGAUGGGGUCCAGUGCGGUCCCAGCCGGAACCGUUGUUGGUGUACGUGAACCCGGGUCAGAUCGGUGGGGAGAAAUGGGGGGUUCUGUUUGAAGAUACAAAGCAGAGAGUGGAAGCUGCAGGGAGAGGGGAGACUGCUUGGCCAGAAGCGCUGGUUGUGCCGAUCGAGAGACAUUCGACGCUGCCUGAGCUGCAGAUGUUUGUUGGGCUGUUUAGACCAAAGACUGUUUCGCCGAACACGAUCUUGGAUCCGAAGGGUGGGCUCGACUACUACCUCCUGCACCACCUAUUUGGACAUCUCCUUGCUGGUGCUGAAGACAGACGAAAGCUGGCAGACGAAGGACUGCUCAUGCUGGGUAACACGACAUGGAGCUUUUACGAAACUCAACUUGCCCGUGCGCGCGAGCAAGCACAAGCACGCCGUGCAAACGGUGCUGGCGUUGGAGACUCCACCGAAGCUAUCUGUGCCACCAGUGCAAGCCUCAAUGCCAAUGGAGGCCAGAGUUUCGGCGAGAGUCUGGACGCCUACCAACUCGAAAAGCUAUCAAAGCUACGCGGCAUCAGCUUCAAAGGACUGGUGAUGCAGAACAUGGCUGGCAACUUGGCCGCCAUGUUGGAAAUAGAGCGAUGGAGAAGAGCUGCUGGAAUCGAAGAAGAGCUGGAAGGAUCUGAAGAGGUUUUGGAAGAGACGCAACGGAGUGGUGAUGCAAGUGUGAAGAGUGUGGAUUAUGAUGCGGAUUGCAGUCAGGCCGAGACGCAGGCUGUUCGUCGGCGAAAUGAAACAGCUGCAGCUCGAGCGGAAAGCUCUCAUGGAGUUGCAACGCCUUCAUGGAGUGGCCAAUCUUCGCACGGGAAUGCAGAACAAAGCAUUGAAAGCGUCGCAGCAGCAGCACCGCAAGAACCGCAAGUGUCAGAAGCGGUAGAAGAUGACGAGGAAGAACAAGGGUCGACAGAGAUGUCAGAAGAUCUGGCAAGUCGAUAUCUCAACGUCCUUAUUCAUCACUUCAAUGUUCCUUUCAACCGCACUGACGGCUCGUAUGUCCAAAUGUGGAAGACGGUAAGGCGGAAGAUGUCGGAAAACGCUCAAAAGGUCGAAGAGCACUGGUUUAGGGAGACGGGUAUUUUGCCACCUUUGUGGGACUCGCAAGCCAUCACCACUGUCGUACAUCCGCCAGAGUCAGAGCCAGCAGCGAAUGGGGGAGAAGGCCGGACAGGCGAAGGCAGUGUCUUUGGGGACAUUCUUAUGUCAUUCAUAGACAUGCUACGUCCUAUACCUGCAGGGGAAGGGAAGGGUGAGAUGAUGGCGGUAUCGACAGAGCACGAUCGAACGGCUGCGCUGCAACUGAUUCUUCGACAUUUCGCUAGACUUGGGCUUCAGAAUCGGUUCAAUGCCGAAUCGUCAAGUGAAGGGCAUACACUGGCAGGGCAGAUUCAGGCGAGUUGUGUUGCUGACGCUACCGAGUGGAGUCACCUGGGUGCCGCUUUGACCGAUCUUACGAGGCACCUUGCUUCCACAUUGCAGCAAGUCUCAGUCACAGGCAGCGUCUCGGCUAGGAUGAACAAGGUUGAGGCAGAGAAUAUGAUACUCGCCUUGCAAGUAGCUGGCGUGAUCCUGUCCUAUCGACCCCUCAAUGCAGUCACUAAUCGCACUGCAGUUCAGAUGCUCCUCGAGAGGCUGAUUACGAUUGUCGAGGCUGCCUCAACGGAAAGAGGCGACAGAACACAGCGGAAGAUGGUUACGCUUGCAAGCGCUGUGCUUCGAGCCGAAGAGCUGGAGGAAGACGUAUUGACACCCUUCGAAAGUAGGCUACUCGCCCUGGUACAGGAUCCCAACGGCCCUUUGCGGAGGAUCGAAAGCUUCGUGGACACCGAGACCGGGCUGUCGGAAGGUGUUUCACAACCCGGACAAGAGGAAAAUCCACAACCUCAACCCGCGCGGCCCGCAGCCCAUCCUUCGCCCGGACAGGCAAGCGUCGAGGUGGUAGAAGAGAGCAUAGAUGCAGAAGCCGACGCAUCGAGCCUUCAGAUCCGUGCGCUGCGUGCGCCAUCCACAAUACCCGCAAAACCAUUACAGGUAUCAUCAUCGCCUCGCAUCGCGACUAUUGCUCCAAUCUCAAAUCUCUCAGAAGAGCCUCAGGAAGAAGACUCGAUUAUCGCGAGUCGAGUAGAUGAGGCAGACGACACGAUCGAGUCAGCAGCAGCAUUUCAACCAGAGGCUUCACAAGCUUCAUCGGCCACGCAGGAAGAAGAUUCGACGCAGUCAGAGGAAGCAUUCACACAAUCCCAAGUUGGAUCGUUGCCUCCGCCUACAACUCGAACCGUCGCGGCAGAGUUGAGGAGGAGGGAAGAUGGAAGGCGAUUGAUAGGGCGGACGUCUUCGUUGCCUACUUUCGGACGUGAUGCGGAGCAAACGCGGAAGCGAAAGCGAAAGAACGAAUCAACUCCGGUUGGUCAAGGAGCGGCCAAGACGAGGCACACGUAG